GCCGACAGAGCUCAGCUGAGACUUUAACCCACUGCUGCAACACGAAGCCAAAAAAACAAACUUCAGGAUGGCCGCUCCUCGUCUCGCUCUGUCUGUGGUUGUGCUCAUGCUGGCUGUCAUCGCUCUGACUGAGGGUAUGCGCGGUGCUGGCCCCAAAAAAUGCUGCUUCCGCUUCAAUGACCAGGAAGUGCCUAAAGGAAGAGUGGUCAGCUACGUCAAAACCAGCCAGCGCUGCUCCAAGCCCGCCAUCCUGCUGAACACAGUGGCAGGCCGACAGCUGUGUGUCAGACCUUCGGCCCCCUGGGUGAAGCAGCUCAUCAGCUACCUGGAUGCCAAAGCCGUCCCAGGAGAGACAUCCAACCUGUAACCAUUGAAACUACUGUGGAAGAGCCUUCAUGGACAAAACCUGGACAGUUUAUAUGUUUAAAUGCUGGAAGUUUGUAUAACCAAACAGCAGCUCUUCUGUCUACAUGCUGAAUCUGUAUCAGAUAUUCUUAUACUU